GGGACCGGCGCUCUCCUCCUUCGGCAGCGGAAGCUGCGGCGGGGCCGGGGCUGGGGUCGGGGCCAGGAGGAAUUUUGUUGUCAGAAACUAAAAGAAGGUUGUCGUAAUUGACUUUAAGCAGCAAACAGUAAAACACUGAGCUCUUCAGCUCCACCUUUCUUGUGCUGAGAAUUGGAAAACCAAGAAGGUUUUGAUGUUUUGUGUGGCGCCACCUGAAUCAGAAGCCAAGAUGAACAUAACCAAAGGGGGUCUGGUGUUGUUUUCAGCAAAUUCGAAUUCAUCGUGUAUGGAGCUUUCAAAGAAGAUCGCUGAGCGGCUAGGGGUGGAGAUGGGCAAAGUGCAGGUGUAUCAGGAGCCUGACCGAGAAACAAGAGUACAAAUUCAAGAAUCUGUGAGGGGAAAAGAUGUUUUCAUCAUUCAGACUGUUUCAAAGGAUGUGAAUACCACCAUCAUGGAGCUCCUGAUCAUGGUGUAUGCCUGUAAGACCUCCUGCGCCAAGAGCAUCAUCGGUGUGGUCCCGUACUUCCCCUACAGCAAGCAGUGCAAGAUGAGGAAGAGGGGCUCCAUCGUUUCCAAGCUGCUGGCCUCCAUGAUGUGCAAAGCCGGUCUGACUCAUCUCAUUACUAUGGAUUUACACCAGAAGGAAAUCCAGGGCUUCUUCAAUAUACCUGUUGACAACUUGAGAGCAUCUCCCUUCCUCUUACAGUACAUUCAGGAGGAGAUCCCAGAUUACAGGAACGCCGUCAUCGUGGCCAAGUCUCCGGCCUCAGCCAAGAGGGCCCAGUCUUUCGCCGAGCGCCUGCGUUUGGGCAUUGCGGUGAUUCAUGGAGAAGCACAGGACGCCGAGUCCGACCUGGUGGACGGGCGGCACUCCCCGCCUAUGGUCAGGAGCGCAGCCGCCAUCCACCCCAGCCUGGAGAUCCCCAUGCUGAUUCCUAAAGAAAAGCCCCCGAUCACAGUUGUUGGUGACGUGGGAGGCAGGAUCGCCAUCAUUGUGGAUGACAUCAUCGACGAUGUAGACAGCUUCCUGGCCGCCGCAGAGACCCUAAAGGAGAGGGGUGCAUAUAAGAUCUUCGUGAUGGCGACCCACGGCCUGCUGUCCUCCGACGCCCCCCGGCUGAUCGAGGAGUCUGCCAUCGAUGAGGUGGUGGUUACCAAUACAAUUCCACAUGAAAUCCAGAAGCUCCAGUGCCCCAAAAUCAAAACUGUGGAUAUCAGCAUGACCCUCUCAGAAGCCAUCCGUCGGAUUCACAAUGGGGAGUCUAUGUCCUACCUUUUCAGAAACAUAGGUUUAGAUGACUGAACACUGUUCUUUUAAAAAGUCCCGAGGGUCACACUGGAGUUGUGAGCGUCCGUACUCUGAGGCGCAUGCUUGGCUGGAUGCAUUUCAUGGGGGCCGGCUGUGUCUUGUUCCUUCCUUUUGUUAAUUUCUAUGAAGACAGACCCACUUUUUAUGUCCAUUUGGGUGUUUGUGAGUUUGAGGGGCAAUUUUUAUAAAAGAAAAACUAUAUUCUCCUCUUAAAUAGAAUACAUUUAAGACCUGGUUGUAUUCAGUUUAACCGUUUAAAAAAUAACUUGGAAAAAGAUUUUUAAGCUCACAAACGGCCUUUAUCGAAAGUUGCUGCAGCCCAAGUGCUUUUAAAAAGUUAGUAAAAUAAAAUGAUCUGCUGUAUGAUACUGCAGUUGAAAAGCCAAAAAGAUUAUGCUGUUAAAUCCAGUAAAUUACAUUUUUAGAAAUGCUUUUAUAGACAAGCAUAUGGAAUAUGUGACGGUUAUUUAUUUUCUGCAACAAAAGAAGGAAUAAAAACAUACUGUGUUUG